AUGGCCUUUCGUGCGACGGGGACGCGUGCUCUGAGGCAUCAAGCGUCCCUCUGGUGUUCGGCCUCGUCUCUGUCUGCUACAUUACGGCGAGGUUUCUUCUCCCGUCUUGUAAGUACUUCGUCUCUCACUCUCCUUCCAUCGCGUCCCCAGUCCUCUGGUGCCGCCGCUCUUUUUGGAAAAUGCCUGCCGUAUGCUAUUUAUUAAUGUUUCCUUGAAAGCUGAGAACAUAAUUUUGAUGGAUUUUUAUCAGACGCGGGUUGAAGAGGCGCGAAGAAGCGUUAGAUAUCCAAUUUGUCCUUCGGCUAGUGCUGUUUCCUUUAUGGUUUUGAUUAUCCUCUGUAAUUAUUCGUAAGCACUAGCAUUUAGGUUCAACCUGCCUUCCAAGUAGAGAAGAUCACGUGAUCAUUCGACUCUGAGAAAAAAAAAUUGCGCUUAUUCCGUAACAUUGUGCAGGUUAAUACGCUUAUUUUUGCUGAACACGAAGAAGGCCUUGUUAAAAAUUCAUCUGUAAGGGCCAUAGAAGCGGCAGGAGCCAUCAGCAAGGAAAAUUCUAUUUCCGUUCUGUUGGCUGGUACUGGUCCGGAUCUUGAAAAAGCUGCUUCACAUGCAGCCUCUGCCCAUCCUUUGGUUUCACAGGUAACCGGCACUGUUUAUUUGAAGCCGAUUAUUAUCUGAAUGUUGUCAUGCAAGGGGAUUUUUCUUCGACAAGAUUAAGAGUUCUUUAUUUUUAUUUGCUGAUGAAAAUAAUGAAUGUCACCUGAUCGAGUGUUUAUAGGUGUUUUAUUAUCACGUAGCCUUCCAUUUUAGGAUUGACUUUUUGCAAGUUAGCUCAGUAUAAUCAAAAUUAGUUUUCUUCUUUGUACCCUAUCUUAGCCUGUUAACAUUUUGAUGCUCAAACAAUCUCAAGCCUGACUCCCCUGAGUCCGAUCUGACAAUGUGAUGGCCAACCCAGCAGAUCCGUUUGACAACCCAUGCUCACAUGAGUAACUCUCAUAUAGGUUCCCAUUCUGUGCAUGGCUUAUUAUAAUUCAAGCUAUCCUAUACUUGUGCCAUUGUGAGAAUUUCUUUGGAAACAUUGCUGGACGAUAGCUAACUGAUGUAACCCAACUGCUGCGUCACUAACCCUGUACACUGUUUUAUGGUGGAAUUCUUUCUGCAAUUUUCAGUUUAUGUUGAUCCAUAAAAUUACUGAUUGCCUGUAUCGUGCAGGUCCUUGUUGCUGACUCAGACAUGUUCUUGCAUCCUGUAGCUGAAACUUGUGCAGAACUUGUGAAGUUGGUUCAUCAAAUGGGUAGUUAUUCAUACAUAAUUGCUGCUUCGAAUUCAUUUGGGAAGAAUUUGAUACCACGAGCUGCAGCUCUUCUGGAUGUUUCACCCAUUACAGAUGUCAUUGAAGUGCCUGAGCCUCGGAUAUUUGUCAGGUUGUUUUCCUUAAAUGUUUCAUUUAUUCCUAGUUGCAAUAGGUUAGAUGGCUGUGCACAAUCGAUACAUAGAGUCUAUGUUUGCUUUGGUUGUGUUUACCUUAUUCCGUCAGAGUGAUGUGAACAUCUCAUGUAGUUCAUUUGCAAUAUGCAUAUAAUCAUGCUUUAUUCUUUCCCACUGAAAAUACUGUUAUCUUGAAAAUGGAAUAUAUUCUCGAUUUCCCAUUGCGAUUGUUAAAUGCGAUCUGUUACAUGAAAAGAUAUUGGAGACGUAUAGACGUAUUUCUUUGGGAUGACUAUUGCCUUAAGAUCAUGCAAAGAGUACACUAGUGAUACUUUGAUUACUGUUGUAAUGAAAACAUGGAUGCUCAUCAACAAUGUGACCCACCCUCCAGUAUAAGUCAUAUAUGGACAUUGAUUAUGAACAACCUCCUGUUUAAACCAAGAAAAUAAAUGUAUGCAUGAUAGUAACCAUUUGUCUUAAUGCAUCACUCCAAAUGGUGUUUGAUUCAUUUUUUUUUUGUGACGUUGUUAAACAUGGAAACUUUUAUUCGUUUGUUUUUUACUUGGUACGUUUUUAGGAAUAUCUAAUUAAUUUCUUGUCUGGUGCAUUUUGCUAACGAGAUCCAGCUAUAUGCAAGUAUCUUCCUUGCACUAUUGGUUCUGCUCUCAUAGGGAAAAUAAUUCUUAUGGAAAAGACACCUACUUUGACCAGAAAUAACUUGUGUUUUCCCCUGUCAUCCAGCUGUAAAAACAGGAAAGAGAAAGACAAACUGAAAGAAUGGCACUAAAAUUUUCGUACGGAAUCAGAUGUGAUGGAAAAUGGUCUAAUUAAUUGCCCAGCAGUUGUGCUAUGGUGAACUGACUCUAAAAGGUCGAAGGCUGAAUUAUCAUCUCUACUCCACAUCCUGUGUGACUGCGGCCACAUCCUACUUUCCUUUUCCUUGUCCUGCAGCCACACCCCUAUUAUUAACAGCUGAUUAUGUCCCUCUUACCUACUCAUGUGGAUCCUCAUGAACUUUCACCUCCCCCUCUGCUUUUCUCUACAGGUCUGCUCCCCUCUCCAGGGCUGCCUUUCUCUUCACCUUUUUUGACUCCAGAUCUUCCUUUUCGCUGUUUUCUCUAUGAAAACUGAAAUUUUAUUACCUUCACUAUCAUUGAUUAGCUCCAAUCCUGCGUGAAGCUCCUCAAUAACCGCUGGGGUCUUUUCCGCUGUUAUUAGAUGCAACAUCUUUUAAAAAAAUAUCAUUGGGAAAGGAAAAUAAGACUGGUCUUUGCCACAGAAGCAUGAAGGACGAACUGUGGCUGCAUGGUUGAAUAGAGGCAGCCAAAGUUAGAGAAGCAAAGGAGAGAACCUUUCAUUAGUUCUUAACAUAGUAACAUAAAUGGUGGGUGUCAAUUCUGCAUCAUCACAACCAUUCUUUUUUCAGGUAGAUAUCAAUGCAUUGUUUCUAUCAAUAUGCCUGAACUGCUGGUAUUAUACAUGUUUCUUUCAUAAGCAGUGAUGUUUCAACGUAUUAAUGUUACAUUUUUUUAUCAUUGAACAUUAUUUUUGAAAAACUCUAUCUACCUUUCAGAGUCUCCCCCAGAGUACAUAGAGAUUGGUUAUAUUUGUUUCCUGUUUCUAAAAAUUUUUUAUGUCCCCAUCAGGAUUUGCUUUGAUAGGGUAUGUUUACUUUGUGAUAGGCCAAUUUAUGCUGGCAAUGCCCUUUGCACUGUCAAAUAUACUGGUACGGAUCCUUGUAUGCUGACCAUCAGAUCCACAUCCUUCCCUUUGUCAACGUUGGAAUCAAGAACUGAGGCUUCUCCCAUUUCACAGGUUGAUAUAUCAACACUGAAGGAAGGUUUGUGUCGUUUUUGCAUGAAGUUUUGUCUUUUUAUAAUUUUGAGAAUUUCUAGAGUUUUUAUUGUAAAACUUGAGUGUGCAUUUAGUUAACAAAUUAUAUUAAUUAAAUAAGGUAUAAGUUACUCGGUUCCUUGGCUAGAAUUAUGUGAACAUGAUGUUCUUUUAAAAGAGAUAUAUAAUAAAGAAUUUUUCACUGUUUUUCUGAGGUAUAUCCUGCUGUUAGCUCACUUUGUCAAGCAGUAUCUACCCUUUAGAAUCAUUUGUGGUAUUUGUUCUCCUUUGCUGUCUACUUCUAACUCUGGACUUUGCCAAGGUGCGACAGUGGUGGCCUGACAGCAGAGUUGUAAUAAUUUAUCUACUCACAUAUCUUAUAUGGCAUGUCCCUCUAAGAUAUCUGCAAUAUCCAAGAUCUCAGGACCACAGGCCAGAAGAAGAUUAAGGGAUUAUAAAUAUUACCCUAUACCUAGGUGAUAGGAUUGGACAACGGAUUAUAAAUAACAGGAAAAGUUUCACAUGGAAAAACCAAAGCACUAUUCUAAUAUUUUAGGUCAUCAUGGAAUUACAACUGUUUAUAGUAACUUCAGCAAUUGACCAUUUACAGCUGUCUUCACAAUAUUGAUAACUAUGCUAAAUAAUUCUUGAAAUCUCUGCAUAUUUCUUUUCAACCAUUUGCUUAAAGUACAGCUCAAGAAGCACCAACCAUUCUUUAAACUAAAAACUUCUCGGAUGCAAUUUCACUGAGAUGGACUUUCUUGGGUUGACACCUUUUUAUGUACAAUGAUCAAAAAGUUCAUCUGCAUCACUUCUUUGUUUCUAUGAUCAAGCAUACCCAGUUAUUAAUUUUGAAUGCAUUUUAAUGCAUAAACAUCUUAUAUUCCCAUGUAGUAGUUUCAACUCGAUAGUGACAACUUCUUUGAAGAUAGGAAAGCCCGAAUGACUGUCAAGUUGUCAAGUUGACGUGUCUUAUCAGCCAUUCCAUUCCCUGAACCUUCUUUAUUUUUUAUAUUGGCCAGACAUUCUUGGGCUACUUUGAUGAUUGAAACUAAAGCAUAUACAUGACUGUUGUCAUUCUGUAAGUCUGUGGGUACUCUCUAUUGUGUUUAGAUGGAUGGCAGACUAAAAGUGCCACAAUGUUUGUCUGUAAGCAGCUGCCCUGGGAAGAUCAAGAUGGCUAAGUCUCACAUCUCAGGAUACAGAGCGCCCUGACCUUGGAAAUGCACGAAUUGUUGUUACGGGUGGUCGUGGGCUGAAAAGUGCUGAGAACUUCAAAUUAUUGGACAAGCUUGCCAAUAAACUUGGUGCUGCAGGUAUGGCUACCCAUGAAGCUGUUUAAUUGGUUAUCCAUUUAUUUUAUUUUCUAGUUUGUUUAAUUUCUGGUAUAUGAGAUUCUUGAUGUCGUCACCUCUUUGUCUGGAGAUUUUUCAUUAAUCACUCAGAAAUACAUUCAAUUCUUAUGUCAUCGACUCUACUGUCUUAUCCUGUCAAGAUAGGCACAGGUGGUGGCGGAUCAAGUUGGUGUUAAAGUUUUCAUGUACACUUGAUUUUGUGAUGUGAAGUAUUAGGCCAUGGCUAUUUUGUAUUAUACACGGGAGAGGAUAUGCCAAACACCUGUGAGACCAAUUUCCAGGAUGAAGGCUAAAUAGAUUUGCAGUUUGGAUGCACUCAACUAAGGAGCAAACUUGACCAGUGAUCCUGCAUUUUUAGACUAAUCCGGACAACGAAGAAACAAAUGCAUAUUCACGCUAUAUUCUUCAUGGCUUUUGUCGCCCAAAUAGCUAGCUGGAGUGCAGCUUCUUCUUGUCACUACCUGUGAACUCGUACAGACAUUCUGGCUGAUAGACUAAAUCUUGAAUAAGCCAACAAAAUUUAUAAGAGUUUUGUUCAGCCUGGGAACUGGCAUGUUCAGUGUUAGCUCAAAAUAUUGGUUUGUCUGCUUGGUUUUGGUUUUGAUCUGAAGAAGAGUGAAAGUUGUAUGCAGGUUUCAAAUUCAUUCAUUUUUUAAGCCCCAGCUUAAUGCUAUGAUUGCCUCCAAAUUACUGUUUCUUAAUGAUACCAGAGGCCUAACUGAAGUAAUGUUAUUCAAUUAAAAUGCUAGAUAUUCGCUAAACUGUAAUUCAGUUAUCUGAUCUAUACUCUUCAACAUGAAGUAUAACUAAAAACGUUUUGUCAUGAAACUGAAACUGCUGGUAUUCACUUUUAUUGAUCAACAAAUCCUAUUUAUUUUGUUAUUAUUAGUUUUUUUUUAAGCCAGUUUAAAGAUAUAAAAUUUUCUACUAGUAAUUGUUCUGAGAUUAAUUUUUUGCGCAGUUGGGGCUACUCGAGCUGCUGUUGAUGGAGGUUUUGUUCCGAAUGAGCUUCAGGCACUAAAAAUCUAUCCUCAUGACUACUUGAAAUACCUGCUUUUUAACCACACUAUUAUUUAUUUUUUUCCUUCUGAAACAGUUUCUAAUCAAUCAUUCUUCGAUUAGUGUUGGUAUGAGUCAUUCAAUUGUUGAAUCUCAUUCGAAGUGCUAUUGCAUAUUUUAUUUAUUUAUUGGAUUUUUUUACAUUCAAAAGUGAGGGUCUAGACAAAAUCCCCAAAGCCAAUGCUAAAAAAAGAGAAGAAAAUACUAAAUCCUGGCCCUCUCCAGAUCGUGCAAUAGUCAUUCCUUAACUUGCAUGUUCUUAGUCCAGUAUCUCACUUUGUCAGAAAUAGCAUUGACCAUCUCAUCUGGCAAGCAACUCGGCACUUGAAAAAUAUAGUUUGGUCCAAGGGGUCAUAUGCAGGACAAGCUUUUAGACUUGACGGUCACCUGCGAGUAUUCAAUGCCAAUAAUCGACGUCCAUGUCUCACUCCACUUAUGAUUUUAAAUUCUGUGAAUAUUGUGUUUAUUAGCACAUGCCAUAUCUCCUGUUGAGAGUGAUCUUGGAUCGUGCCUAAAGAGUGUAAGCUGCUCUUCGAAGUCCACACUUUGACAAGGCACGGGCGUCCGGUACCUCCAUCUGUGAUGAUUUGAUAUGACUGAACUGUGAAGUUUCCUCAUCUAUACAAUUUUCGUCUCCGCAGGACUAUCCCUUCCAAUGCCUUCAACCUUUCUGCUCUGUCAACAGAGAACUCUUAUUUGCACAAUUUCCUCUUCCCUGAAGUUCCUUCUACACUUUGGAGUCCAACCUUGUCUCAAAACACAAAUCAAAUUAUUCUGCAAUGGUGUAACAUGACUAUUUUUUCUGUUCUGGAAAACUAUAUAACUUCUCUUCUACAUGGCUUCAAUGGCAUUUUCUUCUAUAACAGAGUUCUUUUAGCCAUUUCUUUAAGAAAGGUCAUAACUUGUCAUCACCAUAUCUGUGGAAACCAUUAUCAUGUGAACAUCAUCAAUAGUGCUUGACAUCAAUAGCUUGUCCCAUAAUCUCGUCCUCUUGACCAAUGCCGCUGUUCUUUUGUUUCGCUCUCAUAUUCUUUCCCACCUGAUGUUGUGCUAUCAUCUACACAUGCCUUUCACAUCUUCUACACAUUCCAAUCGGUGGAUUUUCUGGUUUCUCAUUUCAUCUAAUGUACCCUCGUCUUGUCCAUAGGAAUUCUAUAAAUAAAAGAGCAAGGCAUAAUAGUGAGAAUUUUUAUAUUUAUGCUUGGAUUCCUACAAAAUAUGGAUUUCAACUGCCUUUAGAAGGAAACUUCGGUUUACAUUCGAGAGCUUACAUUCUCUGCGCCAAUUAGGCACCUUUGUUGCCGAAAUAUUUGACCGGGACGUUUUUUAUGCUUACAGAAAAUUUGGCUAUGAAUCUUAUUCAGAUAAUUUACACCUGAUGCGCCUCAGGUUGGUCAAACCGGGAAAGUUGUUGCUCCUGAGCUGUACCUGGCUUUUGGCGUAUCUGGGGCUAUUCAGCAUUUGGCUGGGAUGAGAGACUCAAAAGUGAUUGUGGCUGUGAACAAAGAUGCUGAUGCGCCGGUAUUUCAGGUGACUUGUAAACCUGCGAAAAAUUUCACAUCAUACAUUACUUCUCUCACCAUGGCUUUGAUUUAUUUAUGCUAUCAUCAUUGUCAACGCUUGAAAUUGAAAACUCUAUGGAAUCCCCUGCAGGAGAUAACAAAUCCCCUCAUGUGAUAACAAGUUGUUCAUUUGCCGAAGGAAUUAACUGUAAUAAACCUAAUUACCUAACGUACUGAUGCUUGCGGACUUCAGACGCAGAGAGAGAGAGAGAGAGAGAGAGAGAGAGAGAGAGAGAGAUUGUUUCCCCUGCAGGAGUGGAAAAAGAAAAUGAAUGGCAAUAUCAUCAUCUGCAGAGACAUCUUUCAGGAAGUUCUCAUUCGAUCGUCUCUUUUCGAUUUCAGGUUGCAGACUACGGGCUUGUUGCCGACCUGUUUCAGGUCUUGCCUGAGCUUCUCGAGAAACUACCGGAGAAGAAGUGA